AUGCCAUUUCGAGUGCUUGGCGAGAGUUGUGCCAUCGUCCCAAGCCGACCUCUUGGGGUCGUCACACGAGAUAUCGUUGUCUCGAGUAUCUUGUCGAGAGUUGUGCCACCAUCCCGAGCCGGCCUCUCGGAGUCGUCAUACGGGAUGUGUGAUGUGCUAGCCUUC